UGGAGCUCAGUCAACUUCCUCUUGUGCUCUUGCUGAUUUCACACAUUCAGUCUGGACACACUGAAGAAAGAUCAAAAGCCAAAGUGAACAUUAAACCUGCUCAACGUGUAUUCAGAGGAGAGACAGUCACUCUCAGAUGUGACAUUGAUGGUGGAGGAGUCACUAGCUGGCAGUACAGCUGGUAUAAAGACGGUUCACUCUACAGCUCCAAUGAACUACAGGAACACACAUUCAGUUCAGUUACUAAGUCUGAUGCAGGUAAAUACUCCUGUUAUGGAGCAGAGGGAGGAGGAUCACGCAGAUCACAAGACAGUGAUGAAGUUACACUGACAGUAUCAGAUAUUCCCAGACCAGCUCUGACUGUGCUGCCACAGAGUUCAUUGUUCACUGGAGACUCAGUUACUCUGAGAUGUGAGGUGGAUCAGUCAUGGGAUGGAUUGGAGUUUCUCUGGAGUAAAAACUCAAACACUGAAUCUACUGAAGCUUCAACUAAAACAGUUGAUUCAGUGAAAGUCUCUGAUGGAGGAGAGUACAGGUGCAGAGCACAAAGAGGAGGAUAUUACACCAAUGUCAGUGAACCAGUAACAUUGACAAUAUAUGAAAAACCAAAAGCCAAAUUAAGCAUCAAACCCAAUCAUCAUGUAUUCAGAGGAGAGACAGUCACUCUCAGAUGUGCCAUUGAUGGUGAAGGAGUCACUAGCUGGCGAUAUGUCUGGUAUAAAUACAGUGCAUUCUACAACUCCAGUGACCUGCAGGAACACACAUUCAUGUCUGUUAAUGAGUCUGUCACAGGUAAAUACUCCUGUUAUGGAGCAGAGAGAGGAGGAUCACGAACAUCAAACAUCAGUGAUGAAGUUACACUGACAGUAUCAGAAACACUUAAAGCCAAAGUGAGCAUUAAACCUGCUCAACAUGUAUUCAGAGGAGAGACAGUAACUCUCAGAUGUGACAUUGAUGGUGGAGGAAUCACUAGCUGGCAGUACAGCUGGUAUAAAGAUGAUUCACUCUACACUUACAGUGAACUUCAGGAACACACAUUCACGUCUGUUAAUGAGUCUGUCACAGGUAAAUACUCCUGUUAUGGAGCAGAGAGAGGAGGAUCACGAACAUCAAACAUCAGUGAUGAAGUUACACUGACAGUAUCAGAAACACCAAAAGCCAAAGUGAGCGUUAAACCUGAUCAUCGUGUAUUCAGAGGAGAGACAGUCACUCUCAGAUGUGACAUUGAUGGUGAAGGAGUCACUAGCUGGCGGUAUGUCUGGUAUAAAUACAGUGCAUUCUACAGCUCCAGUGAACUACAGGAACACACAUUCAGUUCUGUUACUGAGUCUGACGCAGGUAAAUACUUCUGUUAUGGAGCAGAGAGAGGAGGAUCACGAACAUCAAACAUCAAUGAUGUAGUUACACUGACAGUAUCAGAUAGAGCCCAGGCAGGUUUAAGUGUUUCUCCACAGAAGUGGUUGACUGAAGGAGAUUCAGUGACUCUGAUCUGUGAGGUUUAUGGCUCCUCUACAGAAUGGACAUUCAGCUGGUUCACUCUAAAUGCUUCAUCAGACAACAAAUAUAAUUAUCAGAAGCUCUCAGGCAGCAGCAGAGGAGCUGGAGGAAACUACACUGUCAGUUCUGCUGCUCUAAAACACACAGGAGUUUAUGUGUGCAGAGCAGAGAGAGGAAAACCAGCAUAUAACACAACCUACAGCAACAAACAGCCAGUAUGGGUCACUGUUGUUUCUCCUCGAGUCUCUCUGAUCAUCAGUCCCAGCAGAACUCAACACUUCACAUUUGUCUCUCUCUCUCUGAGCUGUGAAGACCAGAGUAACUCUGAUAGAUGGAGAGUGAGAAGAUACACAGAGAGUGAACAGCUGCAAGAUUGUUCAUCAUCAGUGUGGGGAUCAGAAACAGGAUCUACAUGUACAAUCAACUCCACCAACACAUCAGACACUGGAGUGUACUGGUGUCAGUCUGAAUCUGGAGAGAAAUAUCAUCCUGUUAAUAUCACUGUACACUCUGGUGUGAUUCUGGAGAGUCCUGUUCAUCCUGUGACUGAAGGAGAUACUCUGACUCUACGCUGUUUAUAUCAACAUUCAACUCCAUCAAACCUCAGAGCUGAUUUCUAUAAAGAUGGAUCACUCAUCCAGAAUCAAACUACAGAGAUGAUCAUCUCUACUGUCUCAAAGUCACAUGAGGGUUUCUACUACUGCAAACACUCAGAGAGAGGAGAGUCACCCAAGAGCUGGAUCUCAGUCAGAGUGUCUCCUUCAGAAUCUCAGAUCUCUGUCCUCCACACACUCAGUUCUGUUUUGGCAGUUUGUCCAUAUCUGCUAGUGACAGUCGUGCUGAUUUUCAAAUGCUGCAGAAUGAGAGGUGAAACAUCCGACUGAUUUAUUAGAUGCUAUAAUUAUUAUGUUUAAUUUCAAAAAUCAUCAUAUUUAAACCAACAAAUUAGUCAAUACUAUCAUAUUUUGUGGCUAUCAUCUUUUGCUUAAUUACUGAGGAUUUGUUCUUUGUUUCCAUCUCUUCCUGUAUAUCUUUUUCUCUAAAAUACAUAUAUUCCCUCACUUUCACACACAUUUUUGUUGUCAAAUCUAUUUCAGUUAAUCUAGUUCAAAUAUGACGGUAUAGUCCAUAAAAAAAAUAAAUGAAGUGAAAAAGCGAAAGAAAGAAAAAACAUGCAUGCCAAUAAGUAAAUAC